CACUCAGCAGUUUGUUCUUCGAUAUCCGCACAGACUCGAAGAUUCACUACAAACCAGACUCUCUCCCGCGAGUGGAAACAUAUCAACUGCAGUCUAAACGCGUUCUUUCUUCUCUUGUACACUCUACUGUCACUAGCUGACCGGCUACUUCUGUCCACUGCCUUCUGUCAGCUCGGUCUACACGUGAAAAAUGCCGGUCAGAGUAUGCCCGCACUGCAAGGGCACGACGCUCGAAGAGACAGGCACCGGUGAGGUAGCCUGCACAUCCUGUGGUAAUGUCGUCGACGACACCUCGAUCGUGGCCGAGGUCACCUUCGGCGAGACCUCGAGCGGUGCCGCGAUGGUGCAGGGAAUGUACAUUGGCGAGGGUCAAAGUGGUGCGCGCAAUAUGGGCGGAGGCCUCAGAAAGAACGGGUCUUGGGAAAGUCGAGAACAAACUCUUGCUAAUGGACGACGGCGUAUCAUGAACCUCGCCAACUUUCUCUCACUUCCUGAAUUCGUGGGCGACGCUGCCAACAGAUGGUUCCAGCUCGCAGUCACCCAGAACUUCGUCCAAGGUCGCCGGUCUCAAUACGUCGUAGCAGCAUGUCUCUAUGUUGCCUGUCGACAGCAGCAGACCACACACAUGCUCAUCGACUUUGCCGAUAUUCUGCAAGUCAGCGUGUUUGCAAUCGGAGCUACAUAUCUCAAGCUAGUCAAAGUACUGCAAAUCAAAAACAUUCCGCUGAUUGACCCUUCGAUUUAUAUCCAGCGCUUUGCGGUCAAAUUGGACUUUAAACUCUACAAACUGGUUCCUGUUAAAGAAGGCGAGGAGAGCGACGACGAGCACCCCAAAGAGAAGAAGGUUCUGGUCAGAGAUGAUACGCGCAAAGUCAUGAACGACGCAGUCAGACUGGUGCAAAGAAUGGGCAAGGACUGGCUUCAUCAAGGACGUCGUCCUGCUGGUGUAGCAGGCGCAUGUCUAUUGGUUGCCGCUCGGAUGAACAAUUAUCGCAGGAGUAGAGCCGAAAUCGUCCAUGUUGCCAAGGUCGCUGAGGAUACCAUCCAGCGACGUCUUGACGAAUUCAGACUUACCGCCGCCGGCUCGCUUACCGUUCAGCAGUUUCGGGGUACCAAUAUCGAAACUGAAGCCGACCCACCUUCGUUUACCAAGCAUCGCAAACGCGAACUUCAGGAGCAGCGCGAGCGCGAGCAGCGGUUACGUACUUUGGAUGCUGAUAGUGACGAGGACGACAACGGAGUAAAGGAGAAAGCCACCGAUGACGAAGCGGAUGAAGUCGAGGAUGUUGGCAGAGAUAUAGAUGCUGCUUUGGAAGACAGUAACCUGAAGCAAGUCGCUAUAUCCAUUCCCGAACCGGUCGAGCCUACGCCUGCUCCAACGCGCAUCAUCGACGAUGAUCCCGAAAAUCUUUCCGACGUUGACGACGACGAAAUCUCAAACUUCAUCUUGAACGAAGAGGAAGUCGACGUGAAGUCCCAUGUGUGGCAUACGCUGAACGCUGAAUAUCUGCGGGAACAGGAACUUAAAGCGCAGAAGAUUGCGGAGGAUGCAAAGAACGGUAUAGUGCGACAGCCGCGAAAGCGCAAGCGCAAUAAACCAAAGGACUCGACUUCUGAGAAUCUGCCAGAGACUCCUGCGGAAAGUGCAAAGGCGAUGUUGGUGAAGAAGGUGCUUUCAAAGAAGAUUAAUUACGCUGCUAUGGAUCAUCUGUUUAACAAGACUAGAAAGUGAGGGUUUAUUAUUUUGGAGUGUUUGUAUGAUAUGAGUUGGUGAUGGUGUUGUGUUGCAUGCUUAAUCGGGGAUUUUGUUUUGUAUUUGUAUAAGUAUAUAUCAAUUUAUUUUAGUACAACAAA